CAUAGCGACUUGGUGUGUUGACACGAAUUUCCAAAAGGAUUUUUUUUUCCUGCGGAUCAAAUAGAAUUUAGAUAUAAAUAUAUAAUCUAUUUAACUUUAACAUAUCUUAUCGAGAUCUAUUCUAGAGCUAAUUAGACCAUCUAGAUCUAUAUAGAUAAGUUUAAAACAUCGUAGCGACCGCUACGUCGUGUGUUGCUUGGGGUAGGUAAGUUUAAAGUUAGUGAGUACACACUAGAGUUAGCGUCAACCAAGCAGUCACUGUCUCUGUCAACAGUCAAGCAAAAGCCAGUUUUUCUUAUUGGGAUGAUGAUCAUUUGACAAAUCAGAUGGAAGGAGAAAUAUCUGACAAAUGUAGAGGAAAAAUUUGGCACAGAAAGCCAUCUCCCUCUAAAGAUGAUGGAAUUAUCAUUAAACUAAGGCGCUGUGCCUCAGCUCCAUUUUCUGUACCAUCAAGACAGGUUCCAUUCUUAAGAGUUGCCUUUGACAAUAAAUCAGAUAGAUUUAUAGCUGGUGACAGCCUUGGCAACAUUUAUCUCUUUGAUUUAACUAAAAACAGAUACACUCAUGUACAGAAAACUGGUCAGCCAUGUACAGCAUUGGCUUUUGGACUUCAUCGCAAAGCAGAGUGUCUGGUGGCACUAGGAGAUAAUUCACUGACAUGUUACGAUACAGAAAAAAAAGAAGUGGUGGCUAUUAUGAAAGAUGGUCAUGAAUCUGUAAUUCAUGGUAUAUCUGUUCACAUGAAUGGUCAUUAUGCCAUUACCACAUCUACAGAGACCACACUGCUGUGGGACUUGAACACAUUUCAGAAAAAACACAAACUGAACAUUAAAGAGGAAGUUGAUCUUGCACAAUCAUUUUUCUUACCAAAUAGUAACACCAUAAUGACCUGUUUCAAGGAUGACACAAUCUUUGCUUGGGACAUGAAUACAUUAACAUGUAAAUUUCAGUUACCUGUUCCUAUUGGAGAGAAUCCAAAAUAUCGAGCAUUUGCAACAACAAAAGAUUCCAGAUAUUUAAUAGCUGGCGGCAAAUCAAGAUUUCUCCAUCUUUGGUCUCUUGAUUCUCGUAGAGUGAUUCGUGUUAUUGAGAUGCCAAAUAAAGUGACUUCAGUUAAACAGUUGGAAUUCCUUCAGGACAACUAUCAAAAUGGCAUCAAUCAGAUACUUGGUGUACUGUCUCAAGAUGGAAUCAUGAGGUUUAUCAACAUAGACUCAUGUAAGCUGCUGUUUGACAUAGGCACUCUGGACUGCAGGAUACGCUAUGCUGCUGUUAGCCCUGGCAGUCGCCACAUUGUAGCUGUCAUGGAGAAUGGCUCCCUAAAUAUAUACAGUGUCGAUGCCCUUGCUGCAGAUCUUAACAGGCCACCACCAUCUUUGAUGAAAGUUGUGACGAGUAGUAACUUAUCUGACACACUGUCCACUGAGAACAGCAUGAGACGUUCCAGAUCAGCAAGAGAAGCUAACAGGGUAAUGGGCAAAAAAAAUGGAUACAGUUCUCAGAAAAGUGACAAAGAGGAAAAGGAUUCUAAGAAUGAAAUGGGAAUUUUGAACAAAACAAAGCUCUUAUCCAUUUUAAAGGGCUAUGGUGAAUACCCAGCUAAAUAUAGAAUGUUCAUCUGGAACAAAAUACUAGAACUACCAGAAAACUAUUCAGCUUAUGCUGCCUUAAUAGACAAGGGAGUGCAUCCAGCAUAUUCUAAACUUCAUGAAGUCUAUCCAAUCAAAAGUAGAAAGCUGCUGAGAAUUUUACAAAGAGUAUUAUCAGCAUUAGCUCAUUGGUCUCCUAUAUUUGGUGAGACACAGUAUUUGCCUUGUUUUGUGUUUCCUUUUGUCAAACUGUUUCAAAACAAUCACCUGGUUUGCUUUGAACUCAUUGUCACUAUAAUAGUUAACUGGUGUCAACAUUGGUUUGAGUAUUUCCCCAAUCCACCUAUCAAUGUUUUGAGCAUGAUAGAAAAUCUUUUGGCCCAGCAUGAUCCGAAUCUUCUUCAGCACUUUGUCAGCUGUGGCGUUACAUCACAGAUAUAUGCAUGGCCUCUUUUGGAAACUGUGUUCUCUGAAGUGUUAACCCAAGAAGAGUGGCUGAUAUUGUGGGACAAUAUCAUCAGUAAUCAUCCUGCUUACAUGCUGGUAGCUGUUGUGGCAUAUGCUAUCAGUGCCAGAGGACCACUGAUGAAGUGUACAGAGAUGGAGGACUUUAAGUUUUUUUUCCACCAUCGUAAUGCCAUAAGUAUCAAGCAGAUCAUCAAAGAGGCCAAUCGUCUCAUGGAGUCUACCCCUGAUGAAGUCCAUCCUCAAAACAUCUUGGAGGACUUUGUUCCCCUGACCAAUGGAAACUACCCAGUAUUUAACAAGUACCCCAAGUUCAUUGUGGACUAUCAGGUUCAAGAGAGAGAGAGAAUCAGACAAGAAGAAAUGGAAUAUAUGAGACAAAAAGUUCUAACUUUAGAUGUGCAGAAAGAAACCUUACAGAAACAACAGGAGGAGCAGCAGUGGUAUAGACAGCAGCAACUUUUGUUGGAAGCUGAGGAGAGAAGGCGCAAGAUGAUCCAGGAGGAAGAGGCCAAGCUGGCAGAUCAAAGGAAAAGGUUGUUAGCUAUGAACAGAGAAGUGAAACUUAAAGAGCUGACAUUGUUGGAGGCAGCAAGAAGAAAAUUUUUACAGUUUCAAAAAGAGCAAAGAGAAAUGGAACUGAGGCGACUGGAUGAUGAACUUGUUAGGAAAGCAUUGCAAAGAGAUCAAGAAACUGAUGUUGCAAUACAAGAAGCAGAGAUAAAAAAUAUGGAGUUGCAAUUACAGAAGAAAUUAUUUGAACAGGAACUGUAUCGUGAGUUUGCUCUUCAGUCCCAAACUUUAAGAACAGAGCAAGACUUGUAUAGGAAACAAACUGAGCUGGAAGAUAAAAUGAAAGCAAAGGUGGAUGAUGCAGAAAGAAGCAGGGAACUAGAAGCUAGAAAAAAAAUGGAGCAGAAGCUGGCCUUUGCUGCUCAACAAAAUAUUGAUAUGUGGGCUUUUAAAGAACUUAAUCACAAACAGAAAAUGGCUGAAAUGGACAAAGAAACUGAUGUUGAACAGCUGAACAAGUUGUCUGCUAGAAACAGAGAAAUGGAAAAUGAAGUUUAUGAUUUAAUGAAUUUGUUGCACAAACAAAAGAGAACUGAAACAGCCAUGGGCUAUGAAGAAAUAGCUGAGGACAGGAUAAAUGAAGUAAAAAGCAAAGAGCACAGAAUGCAUGUAACAGAGCAAGAUAUUUUGGCAGGAAGGCUUCAUUCCCUUGGUCUUUUGGAUAAGGCAGUAGCUCAGAAUGAUACUGUGAGAAGACCAGAAGGAGUUAUGCCACCUGAUACCUCUCUAGAAAUAUCCCAAUUGACUUUUGACAGAAAAAGACAAGCCUUUGAUGAAAAUGAAAUUACUUUGUUGAACAACGUAAGGCAACUCCGGCAAAAGCUGGCCACUGAAAGUAGAACCAAGAGACCACCUCCUUUACCUGCUGACUAAAUUACUGAAUUUAUAUGUGUAUAUAACUGUAUAUAAAAAUAUUUAUACAUUUUAAUAAAAAAAAAUAAUUUAUGUUUAUUAGUUCCCAGGAUAUAUUAGCUUUGUAUUGAUUUAUGUAUUCUUUUCUUAAUACUAUUAUCACAGUAUCAGUCUAAAGCAUUCUAUUUCUGUCUAUAUAAAGAACAUAAAAUGUUUAAAUUUGAAAUAAAAUACUUAAGUUAA